AUGUCGAAUAUUCAACGAGCACGUCGUAUUCCAAAUGCUGAUGGUCAAAUUUUAAUUGAAAAUUGGGUUGAAGAACGUGCAACUGAACAUCUUGAUCAUCGACUUGAACAACAAGAUAAAAAUCAACCAACUUCACCAUCAACUACAAAAAAAAAUUCUCAUACUGCUUUAUUAACACAAAAUUUCGAAGCUCCUCUUGAUAAUGUAACAACAUAUCGUCAAUAUUAUUAUCAAUUUGGACCAUUUGAACAAAAAGAACAAGGUGCACGACGUAAACGUCUUGAACAUGAAUUAACACGUCAAGUUACAUCAGAAUUAAAUGCACAAAAACGUGAAUAUGAUGAAAAUCUACGUCAAGAACGUAUUGUUGAUUCGAAUAGUGAAUAUCGUACACAAUAUAGUAAAGAAUUUGAAUCCAAACCACCACCAGCUACACAACCUCAUGACCUUUUACAUGAAAUGCCUGUUUCAUUCUGGACUGAACAUCGACAUACAAAUCAUGGCGUUACACAAUUGAAAACAUUUAAUAGUCCAUUCCAUCGAAAUGCAACUUUUAGUACACCUGUUGAACUUACACAUGAAGGUGCUCGUCCUCAUGAAAUGGAAAACUGGCCAAAUUAUGCGCAAAAAUCACUUAAUGACGCUAAAAUUUGCUAA